UCGUGCGUACUAGUCACUAGUAAAGCCGGUCAGUCAGUUCUCGGCCAGUGAUAAAGACGCUCUACCUUGCUUCUAGUUGUCAUACGUGUAAAAACGCCGGGUAAUAUAAAGUUUCAACCAUCGGAUCAUUUUUCACGAUGUCUGUACUACGAGCGAUUGCGGUGUUUCUCUGCGGGUUCUUCACGUUGAGUCUGAGCAGAGCCCAACUGUUGUUCCCUGGAGCAUGCCCCGAUGUUGCGGUCAUGACUGAUUUCGAUGCUAACAGAUACUUGGGCAAAUGGUAUGAAGUCGAGAAAUAUUUCGCUGCAUUCGAGUUCGGAGGAAAGUGCAUCACAGCUGACUACGGCCUCAAGGACAACGGAGUGGUCAGCGUCCUUAAUAAACAGAUAAGCACUUUUACGGGAAUGAAGUCUGCGAUAGAAGGAGAAGCGAUGCAAGUGAGUCGAUCCGAUGAGGCCAAACUCUCUGUUCGGUUUCCCUCACUUCCUGUCAACAUAGCCGCUCCCUACUGGGUGGUUGACACGGACUACGACAGCUAUAGCCUGGUCUGGAGCUGCUAUGACUUCGGAAUCUUUCAUACAAGAAAUGCUUGGAUCCUCACAAGGGAAAGGAACCCACCAAUGGAAGUUCUGGAUAAAGUAUAUACAGCAGCCGAUAAGAACAACAUCAACCGCGCCUACUUCAUGAGGACAGACCAGAAGAACUGUCCCAACGAUGAUUGACGAGCAACCCGUGGUCCAGAAUAACUAAAUGCCAUCCAGUAUUUAUAAGUUUACUAUAUUGUUAGUGCAUUUAUUAAAAUAUUUAUUUAAUUG